AUGAACCUUCGCGCUCCUGCUGUUAAACGCCAACGAGGUCCCAUGGAGGACGGAGAAGUUACAGAUGCUUCUUCAGAAAGGGGUGAUCUUAAUGCUCGCGCCAUUAACUCAAGGCCUGUAGUCCUUUACCAUGCCCGCGAAUAUUCCGUGGAGACCAUGCAGCUUCUGCUAAAGAACGGUGCCGACCCUAACAACGCCUCUCACGACGAGCUUCCAGCAAUGCUAGAGUUCAUGUGGAUGCAUAAAGUCGCUGGGCUUCAAAUCCUAAGAAACCAUUCCUUCAACAUUAAGUGGACAAAAACAUUUGACCUUGAUUCCUCUUUUUAUGGCCAUGUGGUAUCUUCAAAACUCCUUAAGGGGCGCGAGAUCCCCCAAUGUAAUGCGCUCCAUAUAGCAGCUAUUACUGGGUCUCUGGACUGCCUGAAAUACUUGGUCAAGGAGGGCGUGUUGUCAAAUAUCAAUGUACCGGCGGGCCUUGGCUACACAUGGAAGAAAAUCUUGGAGUAUCUAAACUCAAGGUGUUGUGGCAUCAAUGCAUUAAGUGACCUCCAAGAGACACCACUCGACAUUCCAGUUCAGUAUGCCAUGCCAAAAUACAUCAUCGACUACCUUGCUGAAAUUAGCGCUACACCGGGCAGCGUGAAGACUAUGGGUAUUGACACUCGGAUCACCAUUAAGGUCCUCGGAGGAAAUGACCGUGAAGAUUUAGUGAGAAUAUACGGAGAGAAAACGCUCAAAUCAGAACGGCUACGUGUUCUACGCAAGGCCAUAGAAACCGGUGACCUCUCGAUCUGCAAACAACUGCGGGCUCUGGGUUGCUCAAUGGACAGCCCUCUCCCCGAUUGUUGCGUACCUCUUGAGUGUGCCUUGCGACACGGAGAGAACGCCCUGGCGCUCUGGCUUAUAAGACACAACGAGGGAGAGUGA